UGUAGACUUGUAGGCCAAGACUGCCUCCACUGGAGCUCCUUAUUCCUCACCUGUUUUACUCUUAGAUAUGCCUUUAAGUUGGCCAAGUGUGUGACCAAAUAGUAGAUAAUAUAUUAACAAGUGCCCACAAUGUCCGAAAAGUAAGCGAAGAAAAGGAAAAUAUGUGGUAAAGAAGAGUGUUUGUGAUAAAAUUAUGUGCUGCUCACGAAGCUGUGUUCCGCAAGAACCUGUUUUACCUUUCUCCAGCAGCUGAUUCAUACAGAAUGGAGGUGGGCGUGGUGGUGGUGAUGAUGCUGACGGCUAUGACCACGGCGCAGCAACUCAACAGAGCUCCUGAGUUUUUACCUGGUGGUGACAUGGACAGGUUCUCUCUCAGGGAGGACACGCCGGUGGGGUCGUCUGUGUACACGUUGCGGGGACGGGACCCAGAAGGCACAGAUGUAUCGUUCACGGUGUCUGGAGAUCAUCUCAGUGUGGACAGGAACACGGGCGUCGUCACCCUCGUCCAUCCCCUCGACCGAGAAACCACGUCCAUGAUCGAGGCCAUCAUUACUGUCACAGAUGAAAGAGUGUAUGGGGAUGAGCCUAACACAGUGCCCCUUCGUCGGGAGAUCCCUAUCUUGGACGUGAAUGACAACCGGCCGCUCUUCCAUGAUCAACCCUACAGCUUCGUGGUGAUGGAGUCUGCUUCCCCUGGCUCUACACUCUUCUCUCAGAUGAAGGUCACGGACGCUGAUGGAGGGAGCAAUGCUGAGGUUACUCUACAUUGUGUCGAGGAGGAGACCCCGAAGGCGUGUGCCAAGUUCGAGGUGAGAGAGGCGAGGGUGGAGGAGGGCAAUUAUGUAGGCAUCAUCUCCCUCAAGGCACUCCUUGACUACGAGACAGAGAGGCAGUACACCAUGGUGGUGAAGGCGUCAGAUGGAGGGUCAGAGAAGCGUCUCACUUCCACAGCGACGGUGGUGAUCGAGGUGAAAGAUGUGCAAGACCAACCGCCCAUCUUCCUUAACGCCCCCUUCAGCGCCACUGUUAGGGAGGCUAGCCCGGCUGGAACAUCAGUGCUGGAGGUCCAUGCCCGAGAUGGUGACCUUGGGGAGCCGCGCCCUCUCACCCUUUCUCUGCAGGGUGACGACUCUGGCUACUUCACCCUCACUGAUGUGCGUGCUCUCCAAGACGGCUCCCUUGGUGCCACUCUCUCCACUUCUGAGGUCACCCUUGACCGGGAAGACCCUCUCAUCCUCAACAAUGGAGGUCUCUAUACAUUCAGUAUUCGGGCUCAGGAGAAGGAUGGAGAGGCAGCGGUGUCACAGGUAACGGUGGUGGUGACGGACGUUGACGACCAACGACCAAUCUUCAGCCAAGAUGAGAUCUCUGUUACUGUCCCAGAAGAUAUUGCCAAUGGGACACCGCUGCCGGGCCUAAACCUGGUGGUGACGGAUGGGGACGUGGGGGAGAAUGCCCGCUUCUCUCUGGCCCUGGAGGACAUUUUUGGCUCCCAGGGUGUCUUCUCCAUCUUCCCCGAAACAGCUGUUGGCAGGACUCCUGUCAUCAUCAAGGUCGCUGACUCCUCACGGCUUGACUACGAAAAUUCUGAUGCUUCAAAUUUCCUCUUUAAAGUGGUGGCGAGUGAACGAGGAGUACCAGUGUCAGCUGCUGUCGUCAACAUCACUGUCACAGAUGCUAACGACAACUCCCCUACCUUCCUCCACUCCUCCUACAGGUUUGGUGUGAGCGAGGGUGUGGGCAGUGGGUUCCUCAUCACCACCCUCCUUGCCAAUGACUCAGACUCUGGUAUCUUUGGACAACUCAGCUACAGUCUCAAAGGAUUCGGAGCAGAGAAAUUCCGAGUAAACAGCAGUACUGGCCAAAUCUACGUUGCCAACUGUGGGAUGGAGACGUGUCUAGACUAUGAGCGGCAGAAGACCUUCUCCCUCACAUACUCGGCCACUGACGGCGGAGGGAAGGUCACUUCUGUUAACAUCUUUUUCAAUGUGGAAGACGAGAAUGACAAUGCACCAGAGUUCUCUAAGAGAGAAUACCGCAGGACAGUAGACGAGGGCGCUGCAUCCUUUGACCCACCACUUUUUGUUAAGGCGAAGGACAUUGAUGGAGAGAUUCAGGGUGGGGGGAAGGUGUUCUACUCCCUGCAGGAGGGCAACACUGAGGACGAAGCAUUCUUCAUGGAGCCCAUCAGUGGAGAAGUGUCCAUCCAGCGACCCCUGACCUACCUUGACACCCCCACAUCCACCUACACCCUCACUAUCCGUGCUACUGAUGCAGGUGAGCCACGGCGCCACACUGACGUGCGAGUGUUCGUCACAGUGGGGCGGGACACCAACAGACCUCCCAGAUUCCGUCAGAGAGAUUACCAGGCCCAGGUACUGGAGGAUGCUCCCCCAGGCUCGAAAGUGGUACAAGUGUCAGCUAGCGACCCUGACGGCCCUGAUGAAGCCCUGAUGUACAUGUUGACAGCAGGCGCCAGAGACAACUUCAUCAUGAAUGCCACCACAGGCGAGAUCAUUGUUGCCCAGGGGGCCAGCCUCGACCGUGACAUCACCCCUAAGUACCAGUUGGUGGUGGCGGCGGUGGACAGCGGGUCACAGACACGUCAGACAGCCACUACCACAGUCGCAGUCUCCCUUAUUGAUGUCAACAAUAAGUCACCCAAGUUUAACCAAGAAUCUUACGUACAGUACGUGAGUGAGCGGCUGCCGGUGGGGGAGAAGGUGGUGACGGUAAGGGCCACUGACAUGGAUUUGGGUGCCCAGCUUCUCUAUGAGAUCACUCAACCCUUUAUGGCCAGGGACAAGACUGGCAUUGCCCUCACCCCAAACUCCCCAUAUGACUACCUCUCCUCCUUCAGGGUGAAUGAGACAACAGGUGAAGUAGAAGUGUCUGGGAGUCUGGACCACAAUGCUGCUGCUGUCAUCAUCCUCACCCUUACCGUGUCUGACAACAAUGCCUCAGCAGCCUUCCCUAACCAGACUGACACAGCUGAGGUGACCAUCUACGUGCAGGCAUUCAGUGACCAGAAUCCGAUCUUUGCACCCCCCUGGACGCCAGCACGUCCCCAGCUGGAAGUGACUGUCAAGGAGGAGCAGGACCCUGGCACCGGUGUCUUUUCUGUUACCGCCAAAGAUCCCGUCACAGGUCAGCCCGUGCGACGCUAUGAAAAGGUGGCUGGGUCUGACCCUGACCAGAUGUUUACUGUGGCACCCAUCACUGGUCAAGUCUCCCUUAACUCUCGCCUGGACUAUGAAGCCUCUGAGACAAAAACAACAUCACUGCAGGUACUGGCCGUUGCCGGAGAUCGCUCCAGCCAGGCCACUGUCAUCGUCAACAUCGAGGAUGUAAAUGACAACAGUCCCAUAUUCACAGAAAAUGAGUACCAUGCACGGCUGUCUGAGGACGCCCGGUUCCCGAAGUCAGUGCUAACUGUAGAGGCGACAGAUGCAGACACAGAAGAGCAUGGUGAAGUGACCUACACCCUGGGCGGGGAGGGGGCGCUUCUCUUUGUUAUCAACGAUACCACAGGAGAGAUUGUUGUGGCUCGUGGGGCUCAGCUGGACCGGGAGACAACACCCACCAUCACCCUGGAGGUGACUGCCCAUGACACACCCAGGGGCGGCAUCAACCAGCGCAAGACCACAGUUAUUGUAGAAAUUGAGUUGACAGAUGUGAACGAUGAGUCACCGCAGUGGAGCGAGUCAUCAUACACAGCGGUGGUGGCGGAGAACACAGCAGUGGGCAGCCCCGUGACCACUGUCCUGGCCACUGAUCCAGAUCUUGGCAUCAAUGGUCUUGUCCAAUACCAGCUGCCUGAACCUCAGGGCGAAGUUGAUGGGCUGUUCUCCCUGGACCCUGAGAGUGGUGUGGUGUCAGUGCGUGCACCCCUCAGUGGUAAAGGCCGCACUGAGCACUAUGAACUUACAGUGCGGGCACUGGACCGGGGCUCACCCCAGCAGUACUCGGAGGCCACCAUCAGGCUCUUCAUUGGUGAUGUUUCAACCAAUGACGGCGUCCCUACAUUCUUGCGUCCUGCUCCUAAUGAGGGAGCAAGUGUGUUGGAGAACUCGAAGGUGGGGACGGCAGUAUUCCAGGUAGAGGCAGAGGACCCGGAUGACCCAAACACACCCAAUGGCAAGAUUGUUUACUCAUUUCUCGACGAUGGCAGCGACGAUGGUGUCUUUGAGAUUGACCCAACAACCGGGAUGAUUACAACACGGGUUGAGCUGGACCGUGAGACUCGGACACAGUAUACACUGGUGGUGGUAGCUCAGGACUUGGGUAGACCCCCACAGCUCGCCUCCCGCCUCCUCGUUAUCAACAUCACCGACGCUGAUGACAACCCUCCUGCCUUUGUCAGGCUGCCAGGAGACAAGCCACUGGAGCUGGAGGUGGAGGAGGAGGCAGCGAUUGGCACUGUGGUGGGCUACGUGUCGGCUGUAGACAAUGACAGUGGCGACAAUUCCCUCAUCGAUUACCGCAUCACUUAUGGCAACAAUGAUGGUCUGUUUGAGGUGAACAGGACAUUCGACAACCGUGGAAUGAUCUUUGUCAAGGGGCGCAUCGACAGAGAGGCGGUUGAUUCAGUGACUCUGACGCUAUUGUGUGGCAAACUUGGUCGCAGGAUGUCCAGCAGGAAGACCUAUGACCAGGCCAACCCAGCCAUGAUGCAGGUGCACAUACUGGUGAACGAUCUGGAUGAUAACAAGCCCAUGUUUGCAAAGGCAGUGGAGACAUCAGGUGUGAGAGUUGAUGCAGCACUGCAAACAGAGGUAGUGAGUCUCCAAGCAGAAGACAAGGACCCCACUGCCCUCCCUAUCAGGUAUGGGCUUCACAACAUCAGUUUCUCGCACAUUGAGGAUACAGUGGAGCUCUUACCUGAUGAGGAAGUCAAUGCUACGGGUAUUUUCCUGCUGGAGGAGCCCUCAGGCAUAUUGCGGACGAAUGCACCUCUCACUCGCUAUGCCCAUGGCAUCUUCACAGCUUUCAUCACUGCAUACUCUACACCCACUGAUGAACCUGCAAUUGUAAAAGUUAUAAUUUAUGUGCUACGAGACUCAGAUCUGUUGCGUUUUGUGUUUGGCAUCACACCAGGGGAGGUUCGUCGUCAGCUUGGCACCUUCAGGAAGGAUGUGGAGAACGUCCUGCCUGUUGCCGCCUCCCUCAACAUCUAUGAUACUGCUUACUACUCUGAUGCUGAUGGUGCCAUUGAUUUCUCCAGCACUGGGUCGUGCUUCCAGCUGGUGGGCCGCAACAUGCAUGACACCAAAGUAUUGCUCGACGCUUCCCAAAAUACAAAGUUGGAGAGGGUGUUUGACAGGUACACUGUCAAGAAGGUUGAGCGUUGUGUGCCUCGUCGAGAGUCUCGCCAGGCUGACUGGGUGGAAGUUUGGGUGCUGGUGAUUGCUGCCUUCAUUGGUGUUGGGGGUACGGUGGCUGCCAUCUCUGUCUGCUGUCUCUACAAUCACUACCGACGGCGAUUGAAACGCUACCAGCAGCACCUCAGACUGUUGGAAAGUCCUCCCUCAGUUACCCAAGUGCUUCCUCCAGGCUCCAUCGUCAUGCUGCCCCCAGGGCCACCACCACCUGGUCCCCCACACCCCAAUGGUGCUAUGCCUCCUGCAUCACUCCUAAGCUCAGAGCCUCCCAGAGCAUACGAAUGGCAGGAGCGAGGUCUCCCUCUUGACACUGUCUCCUACAGGAGUGCUCAGCGAUAGGUCCACACAUCAAAGAGACUCCUCCAUAUGUGAAAAUGAAUGAGCAACAAUCCACUGUACAGUGUCCAUAAAAAAUGUUGAUCCAGGUUAUGCAAUAAGAGGCACUUUUAUGCUAAAAUUAAAGCCAGAUUACAGCCAGCUGAGUUGAAUUACUGGUAGGUACAAAAAAUUUUGUCUGCCAACUCAUUAGUGUCUUGAACCUCUGUGCAUGAGAUUCCUGCAUGACCAGUAUAUUUAAAUGUACAUUUACUGUAUUCUGGGGUGGUUGCAUCAGUUUCUGCCACAUUCUGAUAAAACAAAAAAUUUUACCCCAUAUUUUUCCUCUUAGAACAGUCACCAAGGGUAACAAGGAAUGGCUCACAUCCUUGCCCUGUUGGAUGAAAAAGUUCCUCUGAAUGAAAUGUGUGGUUCACAGUUUUCCUGCUAAUUCUGUUCCACCUCAAAAAUCAUCUCCUGGGAGACCAAAAAAGACCUCCAAGGCCACUAACAUGCUCAUCAGAUGAAAAGUGAUGAAGAAUCUGACAAUCAACCAAUUUUUAAGUACUGAGGAUACUUAUUUGUAUCCUGAAAGUGACCCUCCGAUCCGUAAUCCAAUUUUUUUUAAACCAAACAUUCAUGUUACUUUUAAAUAAUUGGACGAUUGUUAUUGGAACAUUCGGGCGAGGCCUUCAGGUGCCUACCUUCACCCAAAUAAUUUUUCAACUUGUUAUAUAUGAAUAGAAAAAGUCUGUGAAAUACAGUUUAACAAGAAAGAAGUUAAACGUCUAAAUUACCAUUUCCGAAGGAAAUCUACAUAUUUUUAAGACACUGCCUUGUACCCACUUGAUGUUUACCUUCAACCCCAAAGACCUCUCAUGACUCAUGUCAUUCAUCACACUUGAAAAUUUAUCAAGCAUUACAUUCCUAGAAUCAUCCUCUUGUGUCCCCAAGUAUGGUAGUAAGUACUGUAUGGCACUUUUGUUGGUAAUAGAUGUAAUGUUAUUUUCGGUUUGGCUAUAUAUUACAGUAUACAGUACCGUCUAGGAAAGGUCCAAGAUGAGGCAAAUGUGUUUGGGUAUCUUAUGAACUUGUUUUAUGGCAAAAUAUUUGGGUAAUUGUAAUGUUUACUGUUUUUUUCUUUUCUUUUCUCUUGUUUAGGAAAAAACCAAACAAUUAUGUCCAUUACAGUACAGUGAACCCUCACUUUACGCGGUUAAUUGAACCCACGGCGGCCCGCGUAAAGUGAGAAAUGCGUAAAGUGAACAACAUAACAUAUGG